AGUGCAGCACUACACAAGAAAUAUCCAAGAAAGCCCACUUCACCAAGACGCAAAGCUAGAAUUCUUCCACCACAGUUGUGGGACCAUCACGACAAACAAUUGAGGGUCAUUGAUUCCAACAAGUUUCUAAAUCUUGUAGGUGCAACCUUGCUUUGCCUGCUGGCUGCUGGCAUUCUUCUGCCACACAAAUGUCUAAUUUGUUUGCUGUAGCUUUGGUGCUCUCAUCUCUCUACUAUGGAAUCACCAUGGCCACCGCAAGCAGUGAUGAAAGCUUCUUCCAAAAGUGCCUAGCAUCCAGUUGCAGCGAAGGAGGACCAGAGAUCCGAUUUCCAUUCCGCCUUGUAACCAGCCCUCUAUCAUGUGGUGCACCUGGUAUGGAGUUAGUGUGCUCGAAAGCAGAUACCAUCCUGGUUCACCCAAAUCUUGGCUUAUGCAAGGUAAUUGCCAUCGAGUAUAGUGUCGGUACUAUAAUCAUUGUCCCACUUGCAGAAUCCAAGUGCCCUUUUCAGAAGAUCAUCUCCACCAAUCUAUCAACCGAUGUAUAUAGACCUUAUGGGGAACGUGCAACCUUAGUGAGUUGUUCAGCAGAGUUCAUACCAAGUGAUAAGGCCAACAUUGCCGGUCCCAUCUUUUGCCUUAACAAUACUAGCCAGUUCACUUACUUGGUAUCUUCUUUUCAAUCAAUGGAUUUUCUUCCAUUGGACUGCAUGGUUCUUUCAAAUAGCAUUUCAGUACCUUACCGUUCUAUAAACAUGGACUUCAACGAAACUGUAAAACGAACCAUUGCAUUUGGUGAGACAAUGUUAAGAUGGUCAGUUCCUAACAUUACCAAUGUUUGCCAAAACUGUGAAGAUGAAGGAAGGCUCUGUGGAUUUAAGUCAGAAACUAGGCAAGCAUUCUGUAAGAGUAAGAAACAAAGUUCACAUCUCAAAGUCAUUGCAGUAACGACACCAGUAGCCACACUUCUGGUUAUUUCAGCAAUGGCAGCUGCUGCAUUAUAUCUCGCCCUGAAAUCUAAAUAUGAUGAAGAGAUACACAUGAAAGUCGAAAUGUUCCUGAAAACCUACAGCACGUCAAAACCAACAAGAUACACGUUCUCUGAAGUUAAGAAGAUAACAAGACGGUUCAAUAACAUACUUGGCCAAGGUGGAUUUGGAAGCGUAUACAAAGGUGAGCUAUCCAAUGGAGUGCCUGUGGCAGUCAAAAUGUUGGAGAACUCAACAGGAGAAGGAGAAGAAUUCAUCAACGAAGUUGCAACCAUUGGAACGAUCCACCAUGACAAUGUCGUUCGGCUUCUAGGUUUCUGCUCUGAAAGAUCAAGGCGUGCUCUAAUCUAUGAAUUUAUGCCUAAUGCAUCGCUAGAGAAAUAUAUAUUCUCACAAGAAUCUGACAGUAGUGGCCAAGAACAUUUGACACCUAAUAAGAUGCUAGAAAUAGCAACAGGAAUUGCCAGAGGAAUCGAGUACCUGCACCAAGGUUGCAAUCAGCGCAUACUCCAUUUCGACAUCAAGCCUUCCAACAUUUUACUAGACUACAAUUUUAAGCCAAAGAUUUCAGAUUUUGGACUCGCGAAGCUGUGCGCAAGGGAUCAGAGCAUUGUCACGCUGACUGCAGCAAGAGGCACAAUGGGCUACAUUGCACCAGAAUUAUAUUCUCGGAACUUUGGGACAGUAUCAUACAAGUCAGACGUUUACAGCUUUGGCAUGGUGGUACUGGAAAUGAUGAGUGGAAAGAGGAGGAGCAUAUACCCAGAGACCGAGAACCAAAAUGAUAUUUACAUUCCCGAGUGGAUAUAUGAGAAAAUAGUCACCGGGCAAGAACUGGAACUGGUCAGGGAAAUGACACAAGGAGAGAAAGAUAUAAUGAGGAAGCUGGCUAUUGUAGCGCUGUGGUGCAUUCAGUGGAACCCAGCAAAUCGCCCGUCAAUGACAAAAGUGGUGAACAUGCUGACAGAUAGCUUGCAGAGCCUAAAGAUGCCCCCUAAACCAUUUGUUUCAUCCUUUGGCCAGCAAGCAUGAAGCAAAAGGUAGAGACCACAUCAUAAUCAUUCAGAUGUUUGUGUCUAUCAGUUAUUCAGUUAUCGACAUGUACCAGUGAUGCCUUGUGUCUAUCAUAUUUUUCGUAUUAUACCUUUUUUUCCCUGUAACCACUGGAUUGCAUACAUUCAGAUUCCUGGUUUAACCAUGUUAAUGGAUAUGUAAUGACAUUAGCAGAACACUGCAUAAAAAUCAGUAGCUGGAACGGUAGAAGUUACAGCU